ACACUUUUCUUGACCUUGUGAAUUUCAUGCACCCAUAUAGGUCAUAACCUCUAACAUAUAACCACCUCCAUAAAUCCAAGCAAAAAUCCCUAUCUACAAAUCAUCCCCUUACCAUAAUUCAUUUUUCUCACUAUACACAAAGAAAAAAAAUCAAGAAGAUAAGCCAAAAAAUACAAUGGGGAAUAGUUUAGGAGGAAGUAAGAGUGCAAAAGUAAUGAAGAUGAAUGGUGAGACUUUCAAGUUAAAGACUCCUAUUCGGGUCGGGUCGGUCGUGGAGGGCUACCCGGGCCACGUCUUGCUCGAAUCGGAGGCGGUGAAGCAUUACGGCGUGAGAGCCAAGCCGUUGGAGCCGCAGCAGCAGCUGAAGCCGAAGCGCCUCUAUUUCCUCGUUGAGCUGCCGAAAUUCCCCGAGGAAAAGGGCGCGAGGAGGGUAAGAUCGGGAAUUCACAUGGGCGCGAAAGACCGGCUCGAGAGCCUGAUGCUGGCGCGCCGGUCGGCUUCGGACUUGUCCAUCAUGAAGCCGCCGAGCAUAGACAAAAGUGGGGGCGGCGGAGUGAGGGUGAGGAUGAGACUGCCGAGGGCGGAGGUGGAGAGGCUGAUGGCGGAGAGCAAAGAUGGCGGUGAGGUGGCAGAGAAGAUUGUCGGCUUAUGCAUGACGAAGGAGAAGAAUGUGCAUUUGAAUGGAGAUCGCAUUAAUUCUCGCGAGAAGCGUGUUGGAUUCUUACCUACGAAUGAAGGAGAGAUCCACCAUAUUGUUAUGGCGUCAUAACAUAUACAGUAUAUGUAUAAAUCGUUAGUCUAUUUUAUGAUUUAUAUCUCCAAAUUCCCAUGUAACAGUUUUCAGCAACAAAUAUGAUCCUGUUAAAUUGUGUAAAGGGUCCGAUUUUAGAUGAUGAAAAUAAUGUUUAGUACAGGUGAAUUUUGAGAGAUUAGAUUUUCAGAUUAUCUUCUUAAAUAAUCUAAAUUACUAUCAUAAAUAUCCCAUCUAUGUCA